ACAUUUAUAGGCCACCCUUCUCUUCUCUUUUCUCUCACUCUUUGUGCCAGUCUGCUCUUUCUUUGAGUGUUUACCUCUCUCUCUCUCUUUUUCUUUAACUCUGAAAUAGAGGAACUAGAGAAGUUAUAAUAAUGUCUACUACCCAUUGCCCCUGAAAACUCUCUUUUUCUUCCUUCUCUAAAUCACUUCACUUUUCUUUUCUUUCUAAUCAAGAUUGGUUUUUUUCUUCACAUUUUGCUCUUUGUGUUUGUUUGGUAGAACCCCAUUUGAGGAAAAAGAAAAAAGAAUGGAGAAAGGGGGUGUUUGAGUUUUAAAGUGUGUGUAAAUUCACCAUUUCUGUGUUGAUUUUUAGUUGUCUUUGGUUUCUUUCCAGAUCUAUUAGCUAUAAAAACCUCAUCUUUUCUCAUUUCAAGAUUACCCCUUUUGUUUGUUUUUUUGUUCAUUAGCUUGGAGAUAUGAGUAAAGAAGAGUUCUUGAAGAUCCAGACUUGUGUCCUUAAAGUCAAUAUACACUGUGAUGGGUGUAAGCAUAAAGUAAAGAAAAUCUUGCAAAAGAUUGAAGGGGUUUAUAAGACAAACAUAGAUUCAGAACAAGGAAAAGUGACUGUUUCUGGAAAUGUAGACCCUGCUACACUGAUCAAGAAAUUAGCCAAGAGUGGGAAACAUGCAGAGGUAUGGGGUGCUCCCAAGGCUGUUAACAACCAACAAAAUCAGCUUAAUAAUGGUAAAGGUGGCAAUAACAAAGGCCAAGGCCAAGUCCAAGUCCAAGUUCAGAAAGGUGGGAACAAUCAGCCUAAAGGUGGAGGAGGUGGAGGAGGAGGAGGAGGAGGAGCUCAAAUGCCAAAUCAGCAGCAACUUCAACAGUUGAAGACUUUGCAAGAUCUGAAGCUGCCCCCACAGUUCAAGGACUUAAAACUUCCCCCAAUGGGGAAAGACCAGAACCCAAAGGCUGUUAAGUUUACCAUGCCUGAGAUGGAUGAUUUGACUGAUGAUGAAUUUGAUGAGGAUGAUUUGACUGAUUAUGAGGAUGAUGAAUUUGAUGAGGAUGAGUUGGAUGAUGAACUGGACGAUAUCCCGUCGAAGAUGAAGGCGAUGAUGGGCCCGGGUGCAGGGGCUAAUUCUAGUGGUGCUCAGAUGAAGCUGCCAAUGAUGAGUGGUAAUCCUGGAGCUCAGAUGAAGCCGCCAAUGAUGGGUGGUAAUCCUGGAGCUCAGAUGAAGCCGAUGAUGGGUGGUAAUGGUGGAGGAGGUCAGAUGCCUAAUAUGAUGAUGAUGAAUGGUCUUAUGAAUGGGCAGCACCCUCAGCUUAUGAAGGGUGGAAAUGGCGGUAACAAUGGUGGCAAUAAUGGAGGUGGUGGUAAUGGGAAAAAAGGUGGUGGUAAUGUCCCUGUUCAGAUUAACAUGGGCGGAAAUAACGGUGGUAAGAAAGGCGGUGGUAAUGGGGGAAAUCCAAAUCAAGGUGGAGGACCUGCUCAAAAGGGUGGCAAGAAUGGUGGAGGGCAGCCAAGUGGCGGUGGCGGCAAUGGUGGUGGACAGAAUAAGAAUGGUAGUGGCGGUGGCGGCGGUGGUGCUGGCAAUAUUCCUAACAUGAAUGGCAAUGGGGCCAAAAAGGGAGGUGGAGGAAAUGAUGGGAUGCCUCAAGGCAUGCCAAACAGGAUGAUGGCUAUGAGUGGAGGUGGAAACAUGGGCCAGUUGGGAAACAUGCCUAAUCCAAUGGGGCAGAUGGGUCAAAUGGGUGGUCUUCCAGUGGGCCAAAUGGGUGGUCUUCCAAUGGGUCAAAUGGGUAAUCCAGUGGGUCAGAUGAGCCAUGUUUCGGCAGUCCAAGGCCUACCAGCAGGGGCAGCAAUGGGGGGCGGUGGUGGUGGUAAUGCCGGUGGCUACUUCCAAGGUGCUGGUCCUGAAGUCAUGGCUGGCAAUCCUUACUACCAGCAGCAACAAAUGGCAGCUAUGAUGAUGCAGCAACAACAGCAGCAGCAGCGUGCCAAUGGGAACGAAAGGUUUCAACCAAUGAUGUACGCUCGACCACCACCAGCUGUCAAUUACAUGCCACCACCAGCACCUUACAACCCGUAUUACUACGGCCAUCCACCACCUCCAAGUGAUAACUACAGCACCUUCUUCAGUGAUGAAAACACCAACAGCUGCACUGUGAUGUGAGAGGCUAUUAAAGAUGGAUAGCGUGGCUGCUGCAUUCAUCAUAGUCUAAAUGAUUUUCUUAGUCUUUAAUUAAUGCCAUAAUAUACAAAGGAGAUUAAUUUUCCCUUUGAACCUUACCUUAGCUUUGUUUUACUUAUUUUUUUCUUUCUUAAGUACCUUUUUAAUCCUAAGAUUAGAUUAGGGGUUUAAUUUCAUGAUAGAGUUUAAUGGUAUAUGAAGUCUUUAGUAGAGAGAGAGAGAGAGAGAGAGGUGGGACAUGGAAUGUUGUAAGUUGGAAGGAGAUGUUUGUAUAUGUUUUAUAUAUCUUUGAUCAAGAAGAGCAAAGGAAAUAAAAUUGGAAGAAAAUCUAAUCCUUUUU